UUAUGGCGUGUAGUGCUCGAAUUCUUUCUUCAUAACUUCCUUUUGUAAAUUCAACAUGUCGCCUGCCGUGGCACCGAAAGCUGUUAAGCCUAAGGAAAAAAAGGCUCCAAAGGAUGCCUCCAAAAAUCCUAUGAGGGACCUUCACAUUAGGAAGUUGUGCCUUAAUAUUUGUGUGGGAGAAUCUGGUGACAGGCUCACUCGUGCAGCAAAGGUGUUGGAACAGUUAACAGGUCAACAGCCUGUUUUCUCAAAAGCUCGUUAUACCGUCAGAUCUUUCGGUAUCCGUCGUAAUGAAAAAAUUGCUGUCCAUUGUACAGUCCGUGGAGCUAAGGCCGAAGAAAUUUUGGAACGAGGUCUUAAAGUACGAGAAUAUGAGUUGAGGCGAGACAACUUCUCUGGAACUGGAAACUUUGGUUUCGGUAUUCAAGAACACAUCGAUCUUGGAAUUAAAUACGAUCCAUCCAUUGGUAUUUAUGGUUUGGACUUCUACGUUGUACUCGGACGACCAGGUUUCAAUGUUGCCCACAGAAGGCGCAAGACUGGCAAAGUUGGUUUCCAACACCGUUUGACGAAAGAAGAUGCUAUGAAAUGGUUCCAACAGAAAUAUGAUGGUAUAAUUCUUAAUAGUAAGAAGUGAGAAGGAUCAUUUUUCUGUAAUAAAAUUAUAUUUAAAAUCUAAAA